ACUGUGAUGAGUUCCGGUAAUCAAAUACCCUUUUUGUGUUUGUCACUUGUUCUCUCUUUCAAAAAUUUCUUUCAAGUUUUUGUGAAUAAUAGAAUCCAAUAUUAACAAAGUAGCUAGUACAGAAUCAAGGUUUGUUUUUUUUUUCCCCUUCCAAUGAUCACCGAUAAGAAGACUGCGAAUGCCAUGGCGGGCAAGACGGCGAGAGCCUGCGACAGCUGCCUGCGGAAGCGGGCAAGGUGGUUCUGCGCCGCAGACGAUGCAUUUCUCUGCCAAGCCUGCGACACAUCCGUCCACAGCGCCAACCAGUUGGCUAGCAGGCACGAAAGAGUUCGCCUCCAAACAUCGUCGCACAAGGGCAACUACAAUCACUCCCACCACGACCUUCAUGAUGACGAAUGCUCGCCGGCAUGGCACCGAGGGUUCACGAGAAAAGCCCGAACCCCGCGGCACAACAAUAAGCCGGCCGCGCAACAAGCGAAAUAUGAUGAUGUUGAGAAGGUUUUGAGUGCUGCUAAUCAUCGUCAUGAUCCUUUGCCUUUUGUUCCGGAGAUGAGUAAUGAAGAGGAGUCUCCGAUUACUGAUGAGAAUGAAGAAGAACAGCUGCUCUACCGGGUCCCAGUGUUCGAUCCCUUUGCAGCGGAGCUUUGCAAUUCGAUUAAUGGUGAUGAUGAUGAGAGAGCGGGGAUGACUACCACAGAGAAAGGAAAGGAAUUAGGUCAACAAGAUUACGGGAAAAGUGUAAUUAGUACUAGUACUGCUCAUGAAGCCGAGUUUGAUCACGAGAUACACGGAUUUCUACCGUCGGAGCUAGAGCUCGCGGAGUUCGCGGCAGAUGUCGAGAGCUUGCUCGGCGGGGGACUAGAAGAUCAUGAUCAAUCAUGUCAAGACAUCAAUGGGUUGGAAUUGGAGCUCUUGGGAUGCAAAGAAGAAGAUGAUUUCGAUAUCGAUAUCGACGUCGAUGUCUGCAUUAACCCUUCGGAACAAAGAGUGAAAGUUAAAGAGGAAAAAGAAACAUGUGUGUUUCAUGAAACUGCUAAUUCUCCCAUGGUGCAGACGAAGAAGAGAGACAUAAUUCUGAGGCUAAAUUAUGAGGCAGUCAUCGCUGCCUGGGCCAGCCAAGGUUCCCCGUGGACCACCGGAAAUCGACCCGAUUUCAACCCGGAUGACGGCUGGCCAGACUGCUUGGACGUGUGUCAUACGGAUCAUGUUGGCCCCGCAAACGGAGAUUCAUCAAGAGGAGGCCUAGGGCUAGGAGGAGUUGGAGGGAGUGUUGGUGAUGGAGGAAGAGAAGCGAGAGUUUCGCGAUACAGAGAGAAGCGAAGAACACGCUUGUUUUCGAAGAAAAUCAGAUAUGAAGUUAGGAAACUCAACGCAGAGAAGAGGCCAAGAAUGAAAGGCCGAUUCGUCAAGAGAACGUUCUUCAUGAGCACUGUCAAUAACAGUACUAAUAGUACUUCUUUUCCGUACCAGCUCAUGAUGAGCAAAUGAUAUGACACGUACUACUACUAAUUAAAAUAAUUAAGCUACCUUCCAAUUUUUGCCUUUGAUUUGCUUUCCUUUUCCUUGGCAAAAUUGGGAACUAAUUACAGUUUGUUCGGUUUUUCCUAGAAUAAGUGGAAGUAAGUUGGUAGCUAGCUCUACAUUAUUAUUAUUAUUAUUUUUUAACACUUUU